AACAAUGAUCUCCAAAGAGAUUUAUUAAUUACACGAUUCUUCGCGGACAGUGGUGCUCAAAGCGGAUCGAACGCUGCCCCAAGCACGCGUGUACAUGAAAUAAAAGUUGAAAUAAAAAAGCGACGAGAGAGGAAACGAGCGAGUUAGAUGAAGAAGUAACAGAUAAGGAGGCUCCGUGGAUUCGAAGUAAAAGGGGAGUUACAGAUUCCGUCAGUACUUGCUGUGCUAGCUAAAUGAUUGAAGCGUUUGGAAAUGUUCUUGGUUUAGAAAUCUUUCCUUAGGAGUGAAUCCUUCAGAGAAAUUUUAUCGAAUACUUUUAUUCGAGUGUUAUUAUGUGAAAAUUUUACUAAAUGUUAUCGAAUAGUCGCAAACAAGGUUUAACGUUGAUAAAUUGCCAGAAAUCUGUGACGAACUGUGGUGAAAUGAAUACGAGAAUGAUUCUUCGUUGAAAUUGUAUUAUCUUCAGAAUGGUUCCAAGAUAAGGAAUUUUGCAAUAAAGGAUGAAAGAAUUUCGUGAAAUAGCGUUAAUCAGAGUAAUUCGUGGUAAGAUGUGUGCGUAGAAGGUUCGAUGAUCGUUGUCAGUGAAAAAGGGAAAAGUGUAAAACUGUGAAAAUCAAUUAUUUUCAAUCAGACAAGAGCAAAGUCCACAAAAACCUGAUAACUCGAAGAGAUUGCUGUCGCGGGAAAGCUAGAUGUUCUUCCUUCGAGGAUGACAAAUACACGAUUCUUAUCUCUUUUUUUCCUCUGAUACAUCGACAAGAUCGAGGGAGCAAGAAAAUUUAAGAAGCCACUGACGAACAUGCAAAAAGACGAAACGAAGUGAGUGAAUUCAAGUGGCUGGUGGAAUAAAAAGGCAUAGAACAUAUCACGACCGAGAAGCUCAUUAAUAAGGAAAAAGAUGGACGAUACUCUAAUGAACGGCACUUUCAGCCUCACCUCGGAAGUUGGUCUAAACCACUUCCCUCGACCAGUUACAAUCGCAGCUGCAGUUUGCGCGAUAAUUUUCAGUAUCGUUGGAGUUGCCGGUAAUUUGGUAACAGUGAUCGCCCUGCUAAAAUACACAAGACUGAGGCGACACGCAACGACCGCGUUCGUGAUAAGCCUUAGCAUCUCGGAUUUGAUUUUCUCCGCAGUGAAUUUGCCAUUAACCGCGAGCAGAUAUUUAAACGAGGCAUGGGUUCUCGGUGAAACUCUGUGCAAAAUAUUCCCCCUGUUCUUUUAUGGGAACGUGGCUGUGUCUUUGCUCAGUAUGGUGGCGAUUACGAUCAAUCGGUACAUACUGAUAUCGCGAUCCGAAAUCUACGCGCAGCUGUACACUACGCAACGGAUCAUCUUGAUGUUAAUCGCAAUAUGGACCCUCAGUUUCUCCUUACUUUUGCCUCCGUUGUUCGGUUUCUGGGGAACUUUGGGCUUGGAACCAACAACGUUUUCCUGCACCAUACUCAAGAAGAACGGUACCAGCCCGAAGAAGUUUCUCUUCGUUCUAGGAUUCAUCGUGCCCUGCGUAGUGAUAAGUGUCUCCUAUUUAUGCAUCUACUGGCGCGUGAGGAAAAGCAGGAAGAAUUUGAAGGCACACGCGGGUGUGUCGAGAAAGAAAUCUGGAGGAUUCCAGCGAAGAGAAGACUCGAGAGUAACUAGACUGAUGUUGACGAUAUUUCUUUGCUUCCUAUUGUGUUUCAUGCCACUGAUGCUGGUUAACGUGAUCGACGACAAGAUAAAGAUCCCUAUUUUACACGUGAUCGCGUCUGUGUUAGCGUGGGCCUCGUCUGUCAUCAACCCCUUCAUUUAUGCCGGUACUAAUAAACUUUACAGAGAGGCCUAUAAGCAGAUCUUGUGUCCAGCCUCGGCAAAGACGCCGAACAUGGGACCGAAACCGACCCAUUCGCAUUCGAGCAAGGUAUCGACACCUCAAGUGACUUAACAACGAUACAAAUUGUUCAUUGUAAAUAGUAAAUACGAGAAAUAUACGUCGAUCGGUGCCAUUCAGAACGGGAAAGAUGUCUACCUGGACAUCUUGAUGUCCGUCGUCUAAUUGUGACGAAAAUGUGUAAAUCAAAGACAAUUAUUUAUUUUCCAUCGUUUCUACUUUUCAUACUCUUUAAAGUUUCUUCCUAUUUACAAAUUUCUUAAUCUUCGAUAUCUAAAUGAUUUGGAAAUUUUGCAUGUGAUUAUUAUAUAAAUGAGAAGA